AAAAAGGAAAAAAAAAAAAAGAAAAAAAAAAAAGAAGAUAAAAUGCACACACACAGAGAUUCUGCUUAAUUGCAACAUUACAAAGGAAAAGGAAGUUAAUUACGUUCUCUUGUUGUUAUAGCCCCGUUUAUUCUUAGGGAAUUUGAUGGUAUUUUGUUUGGAUGUUUGUUUUCGACUUAACAAGAUGUACUGCGUGUUUUUUAGUUUACUUAUUAAAAAAUGUGUGUUUUGCUAGUUAUGGUAGGUUACGUCGGUGGAAUAAAAUGCAUAAAAAGAAUUGGUUUUUUGGUAUUAUAAUUUGAAGAAUGAUAUUAACAUUGCUAUGACGAUAAUUUCUCCUGGUUUUGAAGCCAUUAGUAAAAUUGGAGAUAUGAUUAUGUUAAUUUAAUGCGAGCAUCCCGAUAAUUGUUAUGCAUUUGAGUGUUCAACUGAUACCAACUGCUCAAAUUGCUUUACUAGAAGGAGGUUCAUAGCUAUGUCUUAGAAGCAUGGCAAUAGGAUAGUGUGCGUUCAAAUAAAAGAAAAAUAUGUUGCUGAUGUCCCUGACUCGAGGGCUGUCCAUUCUUCAAGUGAAACUAGUAUCUUCAAGUUGUCUCUGUAUAAAAGAGGGACUCCUUUUAUUAAUGACUUUAUUUUUUUUAUUUUUUAUUUUAUUUUUUUUAUUAAUUUUUUGCCAAAGGCCUUUUUUGGCCUCAUUGGCAUAACCCCCAGCCUUCAAAAUGGAGGUGUGGAGUUCGAAACCUCCCCUCCCCCCAAAUGUAUCAAAAAAAUGACUUGAAUUUUGUUGUCUGUGUUUGCCCUUUUGUCAAGUGAAACUAGUAUCUUAGUGGUCUUGUUAAUCAUUGGACCACCCUGAUGUCCCUAUGCUCUGGAUUGGAUUAAGAAUAAACCUAUUCAAAAAGUUCCUCGUCUUCAUACUGUGGACAUCUGCCUGGAUGAUGAAUAGUUCCCAUCUUAUUUAUGAAGAUGAAAAGGAUUGCCUUCUUUUCUUGCAUUCUGGCAGAGAAGCUAAUCAAGCCAACCCAGGAACUUCUAAGGUUAAGUGGAUGAGAUUGGUCGAGUGGUCGGAGAUUGAAUUACAAGUGUUAUGGCUUGAAUGAGAUUCGAGCUAAGUAAAUGGUUGAGUUUCCGGGGGUGUGAAAUGAAUAGCCUUGGGUCUUGAGAAUGAAAGUGUAAGGAUUGUUAUGUGUUAUAUUCUCUAUUUUAUCUUUUUUACCAAGGGAAGUGGAGGUCUCCUUUCUUAUAUUUCUACAUCUAGGAUCUGACUUGUAUCAUUGAUACUCUUAGGAAGAACUGAACCUUUAUUUGCUCUUUAAUAUCCCUUUAGAAGGAAAGAAAAUAAAUAUUACAGAAUAAUAGGAAUGAUUCUCUUCAUUUCAUGCGUAUUUAGUCAUAAACACGUGGAGAGAAUGUGAACACGUGGUGUUAAUGCCAUCUUUUUUGUCUUUAGGAAUUACCCUUUUAAUGCCUCGUUCUCAUCGAAAGCUUAGGUUGUUUGAACUAUUUCUCAAACAGAGGAAGUAAAAGAAAUAUAUUUUCCGGUCCUUCGGAGGAAAGCAUCUUUUUCCUAUAUGGCUGAUCAGAACUCAUUGGGAACAAUUCCUAAUGGCUGGAUUUUGAAGAAUGAAGUCCAGAAAGACGGAUCUAAAUUCUCGUACUACUUCUGUCAGGCAACUGGGCAACUUUUUCUCACCUAUGAAGAUCUUAUGCGCUAUGUAAAAUAUGCUAGGGAAGCAAGGGUUUCCAUUUACUCAACGGAAAUCAAUGUCAAGAAACCGAAGAAGAAAGCUGGCUUUUUAGCUAGGAGGAAUCAUUUACUCAUCAAAAAAGCAAGGAGCAAACAUUUGACCGGCCAAAGCUCAAGGAUGUUGGCUGUCAAAAGGAGUAAAGUUCUGUUAGCUAUGAGGAAAAGUUUAUUGGGUCAGAUCUCAAAGUUGUCAGCUGUUGAUCAGGGUGACGAAAUCAAUGACUUGGCAGAGAGCACUGUUCCUGAGGACAGCACUGGUUUGGGAGAGAGUGGUAAAGCCGACUGCCCUCAUCAGGCUGGCCUAGACUCGAAGCAGAAUUUCUACGGUUCAAUGCAUGGAGCGGCUGUAGCGGCUGUUGCUGAGAUGGUGUCAAUUGCUUGUGCUAGAACCAUGGUGGCUGAGGACAAGGAACUCUUUCUUGGGGAACAGAGUAUAUCAUAUCUCUCCGCUGCUCGAACUAAUGCAGAGGUGAUAGUUGAUGGUUCUGUAGUCAGGAGUGGAAGAAAUUUGACUGUAGUUGCAGUGGAGUUCAAGCUUAAGGAAACUGAGCAGUUGGUUUAUACUGCUCGUGGCACCUUUUACAACAUGCCUCUUUCAAAGCUAUGAAGCUUUUGUAGCUCAGCAAGGUUGAGUUUGGCUCAUUUAGAAAAUCAACACUUUCUAGUUUGUAAAACCCCUUAAAAUUUACAUUGUUGGGCAUAUCAUGCAUGCUCUAUUCUCUCUUUGCUUUUCAACAACUCAAGACAUCUUUCCAAAUCACUUCUAAAUUUUAGUUUUUUAAGAGGUUUAAGUCC